UUUUUUUUUUUUUUUUUUUUUUAAAUUAAAAAAAAGGAGGUUGGGACAAGUCUUGGUCGCCUUGGGCCUCAAAUUUUGAGGCCCAUAGGGGAUGGAAAAAAGAAAAGGUACUAUUAAGUUAGGGCAAGUUUCAGACGACACAAUCUGCUUCGACUCUCGGCAGGACGCAGCCUCCGCUAUCGCCUCAGGUGACGAGGUUCUGGUCAAUCGAUGCAGUUUUUGUUGAUGCAGUAUCGAACAUACUGCUCAAGUAUAGCGAUUUCAGCUAAUUCUCAGAUAGCUAGGUUUGCACGUAUUGGCCAAAUCGAAAAUGCACGAAAAGUGUUUGAUCAAAUGCCCCAUAAGAGUAUUGUUUCUUGGAAUUCCAUCAUUGCUGGGUACUUUCAGAAUCAUCAACCGAAUGAAGCCCGGUUUCUGUUUGAUAGAAUGCCUGAAAGAAACACUGUUUCUUGGAAUGGGCUGAUUUCAGGGUAUGUCAAGAAUAAAAUGCUAAAGGAGGCUCGGAAAGUAUUUGAUAGGAUGCCAGAGCGGAAUGUUGUUUCGUGGACUGCGCUGGUAAGAGGGCAUGUUGAAGAGGGGUUGAUUUCAGAGGCGGAAUCACUUUUUUGGCAAAUGCCUGAGAGGAAUGUUGUAUCGUGGACGGUGAUGCUGGGUGGCCUAAUUCAAGGCCGUCGAAUUGAUGAGGCUCGCCGACUUUUUGAUAUGAUGCCGGUGAAGGAUGUAGUUGCUCAGACUAGUAUGAUAAAUGGGUAUUGUCAAGAAGGUCGUAUGCCUGAAGCACGUGAGGUUUUUGAUGCUAUGCCUUGUCGAAAUGUUUUUUCUUGGACUGCUAUGGUUUCUGGUUAUGCACAGAAUCAGCAGGUGGAUAUUGCUAGGAAGCUUUUUGAAGUAAUGCCAGAGAAGAAUGAGGUGUCAUGGACAGCUAUGCUGAUGGGUUACACUCGAUGUGGACGGAUUGAAGAGGCCUGGGAACUUUUUGAGGCAAUGCCCAUGAAGUCAGUUGUAUCUUAUAACACAAUGAUACUUGCUUUUGGCCAGAAUGGGGAGGUUGCUAAAGCAAGGCAGCUUUUUGAUCAGAUGAAGGAGAAGGAUGAUGGGACUUGGAGUACGAUGAUUAAGGUUUAUGAACGGAAAGGGUUUGAACUGGAAGCACUUAAUUUGUUUGCUUUGAUGCAAAGACAAGGAGUUCGGCUGAAUUUCCCGUCUUUUAUAAGUGUUCUUUCUGUUUGUGCCAGCCUGGCCAGUCUUGACCAUGGUAGACAGGUUCAUGCCCAGUUGAUCAGAUCCCAGUUCGUGUCUGAUGUGUACGUUGCCUCAGUUUUGAUCACAAUGUAUAUUAAAUGCGGUGAUCUUGUUAAGGGGAAAGAGGUGUUCGAUAGAUUUUCUCCUAAGGAUAUUGUUAUGUGGAACUCUAUUAUCACAGGCUACGCUCAACAUGGCUUUGGAGAGAAAGCUUUACAAGUAUUCUAUGAAAUGUGUUCUUUAGGUGUUGCAGCAGAUGAUGUUACUUUUAUUGGAGUUCUCUCAGCUUGUGGGUACACUGGAAAAGUAAAAGAAGGGCUUAAACUUUUCGAGUCCAUGAAAUCCAAGUAUCUAGUGGAACCAACAACUGAACAUUAUGCUUGUAUGGUUGAUCUGCUUGGCCGAGCAGGCCAAGUAAAUGAAGCAAUGAAUUUAAUUAAAGAGAUGCCAGUGGGAGCAGAUGCUAUUGUUUGGGGUUCUUUAUUGGGUGCCUGUAGAACCCACAUGAACUUGGAUUUGGCUGAAGUUGCAGCAAAGAAACUUUUACAACUUGAGCCCAAAAAUGCUGGGCCUUAUAUCUUGCUAUCAAAUAUGUAUGCGUCAAAAGGUAGAUGGGCUGAUGUUGCAGAGCUGAGGAAAAACAUGAGGUCAAGACAGGUGAUCAAAUCACCUGGUUGUAGCUGGAUUGAGGUGGAGAAGAAAGUCCAUAUGUUCACAGGAGGAGAUAACAUGCCCCACCCUGAGCAUUCACUGAUCACAAGGCUGCUGGAGAAAUUAGGUGGGCCAUUAAGAGAAGCUGGGUAUUGUCCUGAUGGUAGCUUUGUGCUGCAUGAUGUAGAUGAAGAAGAGAAGGUGCAUAGCUUGCAGCAUCAUAGCGAGAAACUGGCUGUGGGAUAUGGACUUUUGAAAGUGCCUGAAGGAAUGCCUAUUCGUGUAAUGAAGAACCUUCGGGUUUGUGGGGAUUGCCAUUCUGCAAUUAAGUUAAUUGCAAAGAUCACAGGGCGAGAAAUCAUAUUGAGGGAUGCUAAUAGAUUCCACCACUUUAAAGACGGCUUGUGUUCUUGCAGGGACUAUUGGUGAUUACACUGGACCUGAUGUUCACCAAUUGAUUUAAGGGAAAACCUCAAUUCUGAAGAUAUUGGGAGGGAAGCACAUGGUGGAGCCAGAUAUGGUUUGUGUGCUCAGAAGAUCGGCUUUCCAUGACACCAAUCUCAUGUCUUCCGGUGAUCUCUUUUAUCUUGGUGGCGAGUGGAGGAGAGAAGUGGCUUUUGCUGGUUUUGAGGUUCCAAUACAAACGGAUGUUUCUGCUGAGAAAAUGAUAUUUGGAGUAGCAUGAAGUAAUCCUCAAAGAAGAGCUGAACUUAUCAAGGUGCUAGAUAUUGAUCUAUCUUGGAGAAUGCACAAGGUAUCUGAUGGUCAGAGAAGACGAGUGCAGAUCUGUAUGGGUCUGCUAAAGCCAUUCAAGGUUCUUCUUCUUGAUGAGUUUACGGUUGACCUUGAUGUGCUGGCAAGGGCUGACCUUCUGAAGUUUCUCAGAAAGGAAUGUGAAGAGCGAGGUGCUACAAUUAUCUAU